UCGCCGGCUCGUGCGCGCCGCCCGUCCGCGGGGCUGCCAGCCCCCGCCGGGCCGGGGCCAUGCAGGAGAGCCAGACCAAGAGCAUGUUCGUGUCCCGGGCCCUGGAGAAGAUCUUGGCCGACAAGGAGGUGAAGCGGCCCCAGCACUCCCAGCUGCGCAGGGCCUGCCAGGUGGCGCUCGAUGAAAUUAAAACAGAAAUAGAAAAGCAAAGGCUUGGCGCUGCCGCACCGCCAAAGGCAAACUUCAUUGAAGCCGACAAAUAUUUCCUUCCGUUCGAGCUGGCUUGCCAGUCCAAGUCCCCACGGGUGGUCAGCACAUCCCUCGACUGCUUGCAGAAACUCAUCGCGUAUGGGCACAUCACGGGCAACGCCCCCGACAGCGGAGCCCCAGGGAAGCGGCUGAUCGACAGGAUCGUUGAAACCAUUUGCAAUUGUUUCCAGGGCCCUCAGACCGAUGAAGGGGUUCAGUUGCAGAUAAUUAAGGCUCUCCUGACCGCGGUGACUUCCCCACACAUUGAGAUUCACGAGGGCACUAUCCUACAGACGGUUAGGACGUGUUACAAUAUCUAUUUGGCCAGCAAGAAUCUCAUCAAUCAAACUACUGCCAAGGCCACCCUUACUCAGAUGCUGAACGUCAUUUUCACUCGCAUGGAAAACCAAGUGUUGCAGGAGGCCAGAGAAUUGGAAAAACCAAUCCAGUCGAAACCCCAGUCCCCCGUGAGCCAAGUUGCAGCAGUAUCCCCAAAGUUUGGUCGUUUGAAGCAGAACCAGGCACAGAGCAAACCGACAACUCCCGAAAAAACAGAUUUAACCAAUGGUGACCAUGCCAGCAGUGGUUCUGGUAAAGUGGGCCCAGAAAACGGAGACGUGCUCAGAGAAAGAGACCCGUCACUAUCAGGAAUGGAUGAAACCCCCGUGGAUGGAGCCCAGGAGGUGGUGAAGGAGAUCUUAGAAGAUGUAGUCACAUCUGCUGUUAAAGCAGCAGCAGAAAAGCACAGUGUGACAGAACCCGAGGGGGUCCUAGGCGGACCAGAGUGCCAGGAAUCUGCUGUCCCCCCAGGAGUAGAUGAAAACUCACAGACCAAUGGGAUAGCAGACGACAGGCAGUCCUUGUCAUCGGCAGAUAAUCUGGAAUCGGACACGCAAGGACAUCAGGUGGCUGCUAAGUUUUCUCACAUUCUGCAGAAGGAUGCCUUCCUCGUGUUCCGCUCCCUUUGCAAGCUUUCCAUGAAACCCCUUGGAGAAGGCCCCCCAGAUCCAAAAUCCCAUGAGCUGCGCUCCAAGGUGGUUUCCCUGCAGCUCCUCCUCUCCGUGUUGCAGAAUGCCGGCCCAGUCUUCAGGACGCAUGAGAUGUUCAUCAAUGCAAUCAAGCAGUAUCUCUGUGUGGCCUUGUCCAAAAACGGCGUCUCUUCAGUGCCUGAUGUCUUUGAGCUCUCUCUUGCAAUUUUUCUUACUCUUCUUUCAAACUUUAAGAUGCACUUGAAAAUGCAGAUCGAGGUCUUUUUUAAAGAGAUUUUCCUAAACAUUUUAGAAACGUCCACAAGUUCCUUCGAGCACAGGUGGAUGGUCAUUCAGACUCUGACAAGGAUCUGUGCAGAUGCCCAGUGUGUUGUGGAUAUUUACGUCAACUACGACUGUGAUUUAAAUGCUGCUAACAUUUUUGAGCGCCUCGUAAAUGAUUUAUCCAAAAUUGCUCAGGGAAGAAGUGGACACGAGCUGGGAAUGACACCUCUGCAGGAGCUCAGUCUGAGGAAGAAAGGCCUAGAAUGCCUGGUGUCCAUUCUCAAGUGCAUGGUGGAGUGGAGCAAAGACCUGUACGUGAACCCCAACCACCAGACCAGCCUCGGUCAGGAGAGGCUCCCAGAUCAGGAAAUGGGGGACGGGAAAGGCCUUGACAUGGCGAGACGGAGCAGUGUGACGUCCAUGGAGUCCACGGUGUCCUCCGGGACUCAGACGGCUGUCCAGGAUGAUCCAGAGCAGUUUGAGGUCAUCAAGCAACAAAAGGAAAUCAUUGAACACGGCAUUGAGCUGUUCAACAAAAAGCCCAAGAGGGGGAUCCAGUUUCUCCAGGAACAAGGAAUGCUGGGAACGUCAGUUGAAGACAUUGCCCAAUUUCUGCACCAGGAGGAGCGCCUAGAUUCUACCCAAGUAGGUGAAUUUCUGGGAGACAGCAUGAGGUUCAACAAGGAGGUGAUGUAUGCCUACGUUGACCAACUCGACUUCUGCGAAAAGGAGUUCGUCUCAGCCCUGCGGACGUUCCUCGAAGGUUUCCGCCUACCCGGGGAGGCCCAGAAGAUUGAUCGGUUAAUGGAGAAGUUUGCCGCAAGAUACAUAGAGUGCAACCAGGGGCAAACUCUGUUUGCUAGUGCUGACACUGCCUACGUCCUAGCGUACUCAAUUAUCAUGCUGACUACCGACUUGCACAGUCCUCAGGUAAAAAAUAAAAUGACAAAAGAGCAGUAUAUUAAGAUGAAUCGGGGUAUCAAUGAUAGUAAAGACCUACCAGAAGAAUAUCUCUCCAGCAUCUAUGAAGAGAUAGAAGGCAAGAAAAUUGCAAUGAAAGAAACAAAAGAGCAUACGAUCGCAACCAAAUCUACUAAGCAGAGUGUAGCUAGUGAAAAGCAGCGACGACUGCUGUACAAUUUGGAGAUGGAACAAAUGGCGAAAACAGCCAAAGCUCUGAUGGAGGCCGUGAGCCAUGCCAAAGCCCCGUUUACAAGUGCCACUCACUUGGACCACGUCCGGCCAAUGUUCAAACUGGUUUGGACGCCACUCUUGGCAGCCUACAGCAUCGGGCUGCAGAACUGCGAUGACACUGAAGUCGCCUCCCUGUGUUUGGAAGGCAUCCGCUGUGCAAUCCGAAUCGCCUGCAUCUUCGGAAUGCAGCUAGAACGAGAUGCCUAUGUUCAGGCGCUCGCUCGCUUCUCCCUACUGACUGCCAGCUCCAGCAUCACGGAAAUGAAGCAGAAAAAUAUCGACACCAUAAAGACGCUUAUUACAGUGGCUCACACCGAUGGCAACUACCUGGGGAAUUCCUGGCACGAGAUCUUGAAAUGCAUCAGCCAGCUGGAGCUUGCUCAGCUAAUAGGAACCGGUGUGAAGACCCGCUACCUGUCUGGGUCUGGGCGUGAAAGAGAGGGGAGUCUGAAGAGCCACACGUUGGCGGGAGAAGAGUUCAUGGGCCUCGGUCUCGGUAACUUGGUGAGCGGUGGAGUGGAUAAAAGACAGAUGGCCAGCUUCCAGGAAUCGGUUGGUGAAACCAGUUCACAGAGCGUAGUCGUAGCUGUGGACAGAAUUUUUACUGGCUCUACCAGACUGGAUGGAAAUGCAAUCGUUGACUUUGUCCACUGGCUGUGUGCUGUGUCCAUGGACGAGCUGGCUUCCCCCCACCACCCUCGUAUGUUCAGCUUGCAGAAGAUUGUCGAGAUAUCAUACUACAACAUGAAUCGGAUCCGGCUGCAGUGGUCCCGAAUAUGGCAUGUGAUUGGAAAUCACUUUAAUAAGGUUGGCUGUAACCCCAAUGAAGACGUGGCCAUCUUUGCUGUUGACUCAUUGAGGCAACUCUCUAUGAAGUUUCUUGAGAAGGGAGAAUUAGCCAACUUCCGUUUCCAGAAGGAUUUUCUGAGACCCUUUGAGCAUAUUAUGAAGAAAAACAGGUCUCCAACCAUCCGAGACAUGGUGAUCCGCUGCAUCGCCCAGAUGGUGAAUUCCCAGGCAGCUAACAUUCGCUCAGGCUGGAAGAACAUCUUCACCGUGUUCCACCAGGCAGCCUCCGAUCACGACGGAAACAUCGUGGAGCUGGCCUUCCAGACCACAGGCCACAUUGUCACUACUAUUUUCCAGCACCACUUCCCUGCAGCCAUCGAUUCCUUUCAGGACGCGGUGAAGUGCUUAUCAGAGUUUGCGUGCAACGUCGCUUUCCCUGAUACCAGCAUGGAAGCCAUCCGGCUCAUCCGUUUCUGUGGGAGAUACGUCUCUGAGAGGCCCCGGGUGCUACAAGAAUACACAAGCGAUGACAUGAAUGUAGCUCCUGGUGACAGAGUCUGGGUCCGAGGCUGGUUCCCCAUCCUAUUUGAGCUCUCCUGCAUCAUUAAUAGAUGCAAGUUAGAUGUACGGACAAGAGGACUCACCGUCAUGUUUGAGAUCAUGAAGAGCUACGGCCACACCUUUGAAAAGCAUUGGUGGCAGGAUCUGUUCAGGAUUGUGUUUAGGAUUUUUGAUAACAUGAAACUUCCGGAGCAGCAGUCAGAGAAAUCUGAGUGGAUGACGACAACUUGCAACCACGCCCUUUACGCUAUUUGUGAUGUAUUUACCCAGUUUUACGAAGCUCUGAAUGAAGUUCUGCUUCCUGAUGUAUUUGCACAGUUGCAGUGGUGUGUAAAGCAAGAUAAUGAGCAGUUGGCUCGAUCAGGUACAAAUUGCUUAGAAAACUUAGUAAUAUCCAAUGGAGAGAAAUUCAGCCCUGGUGUCUGGGAUGAAACAUGCAAUUGUAUGUUGGAUAUUUUCAAAACAACCAUCCCACAUAUUUUGCUGACAUGGAGACCUGUAGGCAUGGAGGAAGAUUCAUCAGAAAAACAUUUGGAUGUGGAUCUGGACCGCCAGUCUUUAAGCAGCGUAGAUAAGAAUGCAUCAGAGAGAGGCCAGAGCCAGCUCUCUAACCCGACUGACGACAGCUGGAAGGGUAGAUCAUAUGCAAAUCAGAAACUGUUUGCCAGCCUCCUCAUCAAGUGUGUGGUCCAGUUGGAAUUGAUACAGGCCAUUGACAACAUUGUGUUCUACCCUGCAACGAGCAAAAAGGAGGAUGCAGAGCACAUGGUUGCUGCCCAGCAAGAUACGCUGGAUGCAGAGAUCCACAUAGAGACAGAGGACCAGGGCAUGUACAAGUACAUGUCGUCGCAGCACCUCUUCAAGCUGCUGGACUGUUUGCAGGAGUCCCAUUUGUUCUCAAAGGCCUUCAACUCCAAUUACGAGCAGCGGACCGUCCUGUGGCGAGCAGGUUUUAAGGGCAAGUCUAAGCCCAAUCUUCUAAAACAAGAAACCAGCAGCCUGGCCUGCUGUUUGAGGAUCCUGUUUCGAAUGUAUGUCGAUGAGAACCGCAGGGAUUCCUGGGAAGAAAUACAGCAGCGACUUUUAACUGUGUGCAGUGAAGCUCUUGCAUACUUCAUCACGGUGAACUCUGAAAGCCAUCGAGAGGCCUGGACAAGUCUCCUGUUGCUACUCCUAACAAAAACCCUCAAAAUAAAUGAUGAAAAGUUUAAAGCACAUGCGUCGAUGUACUAUCCCUACUUGUGUGAAAUUAUGCAGUUUGACUUGAUUCCUGAGCUCCGAGCAGUUCUGCGGAAGUUCUUCUUACGGAUAGGUGUUGUAUAUAAGAUAUGGAUUCCAGAAGAGCCAUCACAGGUCCCAGGGACCCUGUCACCAGUGUGGUAGCACUGGCCCCUCCGGGACCACAGCUGCAGCUCUACAGAACGUUCCUAAUGCCUCCUCUGACUGACACAUCUUAUGAAGGGUCAGGUUAUAGAAACAAAGAGUUCAGCAUCUUGGAUCUCAGAAUGGCCUGGGUGAGGAUGGCCUCUACGCUGGCCCCAUCAGAGUCCCUGACUAGAAGCAUGAUGGUUAUCUCAUCAAAUUGUUGUCUGCGCAGUUAACACAGGAGGUGGGGAGUCUGUUUCAUCUCCGUCAUUCCAUUUUGCUGAUUGAAUCGUCUGUCGAAUCUGUCAUCACAGAUGCCGUCGUCUUCUAGCCAAGUCCCAUGAUUGGUUGUAAACGUUCUGUCAGAGGAAGUUGCUCUCCUUGAAAAUACUGAACAUAGCUGUAUAGGUUCGUGAUUAUUAGAGAGUACUUUAAUAAAAUUUCUUAUAAUGGCUCACUGCCACUGAAAAUAUGCUGGGUUUUUUGUUGUUUGGGUGUGUUAGAGAAGUUUGAGUGUUUUUGUCAAGUUGUAAGUCAGCUAUAGUUAGAUCAGUUUGGGGAAAGUUCAGGAAAAGAAGGGUUGUUUUUUGUUUUUUAAUGUCUGAGUUGUUUCUAAAGUAUUUUAAAAUGUUAUUCUCGAAGAUUUGAUUGAAGACAGAGUUUAGUAAUUAAGUUAGAAUUAAGAGCUUGCAGGAUUUAAAAAAAAAAAAAUGUAGUGCCUCCAGGCUCUCCCUGUUUUAGUAAGUUGGGGAGAAAAA